AACCCCCACCCGCGGACAUGAUCCCCCGCGAUGGAGGAUCCGGGCCCGUCGUCCGCCGCCCCUGAGCCUCCCCCGCCCCCGCCGGAGGAGGGGGCCGGCUGGGUGCUCCUUCCGCCCAGCGAGGUCGAGGGCAUCGACGAUCCCAAGGUCAUCCACUGGGAGGACCUGCAGCAGGAGCUCGCCCGCCUCUGGAGCCUCUCCGCCGCGCUCCAAUCCGUCAGGGACCGCAAGGCGCAACUCGCCGCGCGACUCGAGUCCUCCAUUGAGGCUAGACGGGCAUUUCUCCAGCAGGAUAAUGAGUUGGCUGAAAUGAGGCAGAGACUGCAAGAGCAUACUCAUCAUCUGGGGGAUUUGAAAGUGCGCACAAAGAAAUCUUCAGAUGACAUUGGGGAUAAAAGGGAACAGCUUUGCGUCAAAAUUAGAACAUUGUCUGUGGCAAGCAAAACUCUUGGCACGGCGCGCAAUAAUCUUGAGGAAGCUAAUAAAUUGCUGUCAGCCGAAAAUGGUCAUGGGCACCUUAAAAAUAUGGAACAGAAGUUACGGAAAAGACAGCAAUAUAUGGUAACGCAAGUUUCCCAGAUAUAUCCUGUGAGGCCUUUGGAUGAACAAUCUCCAUGUCACAAGCUUGGAACUACCACUAGCAUCAUCAAAACAAGCACUGCUGAAUCAAUUUUGCCAAAAGGCUCUCAGAAAAGACCUCUGGCCAUAUUGGGUCUACAGUUGUUGAAGCCUACUGCCAAAAAGACCGGCUACUUCAGUGACAAGACUGAUUUUCAGAAAUCUUCUACUGUUCUGGGAUAUGCUGCACAUGCAGUCUCCCUCAUUGGAUCCUAUCUCAAUGUUCCUCUUCGCUAUCCGUUGCGCUUUGGAGGUUCACAGUCAUAUGUACUUGAUCAUGCGCCUGCAGUAGAGCCAUCAUCUAUAACUUCAGUUGUGAGUUCUGUACAUCCGAGCACAAGCAUGAAGACGAUGGAAUUCCCUCUGUUUUUUGAUGGCCAGGAGACAACAAGAUCGGCAUAUGCAGUAUUCUUAUUAAAUAAGGAUAUUGAACAACUUUUGAAUUACAUUGGCGCUGAAAGUCUUGGCCCGAGACAUGUAUUAGCUAACCUCAACCAGCUGACAACAAUCAUCCAGUCGCAACAAUACAUUUCUAGUUGAUGGAUUCCCCUAAUUUUUUUUUGGAGUUGCUGAGUGCGAUAAGUGCAGAUAUGGAUUGGUGCUAUUUUUUACAGGCACCAUUCUUUUCUCAUGACACAGAAGGCUCCAUGUUUCUGCUGAUAUGUUCAUGUAAACGAGUAAAUGAACUUGCUGGUGUAGAAUGUAAUCAAGAUGUGGAUAAUAGAUGAGAUGCUAGCUAUCAGGUCAUGCUGCCUCUUCCUUCGAGAAUUGUGAUCUGUAGUAGUGUGUUUCCCCUUAGCGAUGGCAUUUUGUUGCCGUUCCUACAUAAACUAUGCCCGUCUCUGUACACGUUUCUGUUGUCUUCCUCUGUGGAGCACUUUUGUUGGAGCACUUUUGAGCCAUGGUGAACGAGUGCCUGUGCGAUGGGGGAGGAAACAUUGGAGAAUGUUGCUAUCAAGGCUAAGUAGAGAGAAAUCUGGAAGUCAAGCCAUCCAUAUGAGAAGAGAGCUUCCGAUGGUAUUUGCAUGAUAAGUGUUGAAGACAAUGCUACGUCAGGCUAUUCUGUCCUUUGUGCAAGUACUUGUAGAUGUAUUGAGGCCAACGUCGUUAUAGAAAGAGAAGCUUGUCAAUGUAAUCUGGGAGAAGGUCGAGCUGCAAGAACUUGAGCACCAAUACUGAAGUCAAGAACCAGAAUCAGUGCGUCCCGUGGAACUUGUGAGCUCGUUCUGGCAACCUAUCAUGAGCAGGUCCGACUCUGAAUCUGAUCUUGCUGAGAGUUGUUCGGAUGCAUCAUGUCUUACGUCAUGCUGAUAAAGGAUGAGUUGAACCCAGCGGUAAAUCUGGGAAAUGCGAUCACCUCAGCUCAAAUGAAGAUGGCGGAGCAGAAGGAUGCUAUCAAGAAAAUAAUAGUAGCAUGGAGAGUACGAUGGGUGUGCAGAGAGCCGCAUUCUGGAAGUGGAACUUGAGAAUAUGUUAAUGGACCUGCAAGCCGCCGGUGCAUCUCAGAAACUGGAGACGCGUUUGGCCUUCAGUUCCCAUCCAUUUCCUACCCAUUUGGUUGUUCAAAUCCAGAGGUCAAGCUAGAGUAGCCGCAUAUUCCUGACUCGGCAGCAUCUGCUCUCCUCCCACGGAGGAAUCUAGUUUUUUUUUCUUUAAGGUCGACGGGCUACUCGUUCAUCCUUCAUCUAGAGUCAGGACAGCUAGAAUCACAAUAUGGUUGUGACUCGGACAGUGGUGCCAAGUGCCAAGCAGAGGGGAGCAAUCUAUAAAUCUACGGUAUAAAUGGCAAGAUUGUUCAAUGGUUUCAGUGCAUAGGUGAAGAGAUCAGAACCUAGAGUGCAGCAAUUCGACACCUCAUAUGCCAUGUAAGCUGGAAAGUAAGGUCUCCUCUUUUGUUUUUUUCGCCCCCUCUGAAACCAAAGUUUUCUACUAUUUUGUAAUGUUUGCUUAACACUCCUGAAUCUCUAACCUUUACGAGGACAACGGCGUACAACGAAGGGAAGGGGGAAAAACAAAAAAAACGACAAGUACUGGGCCGCUCGGCUCCGACUAGCAUCCCACCAACUUGGAGCCCAGGCCCAGAAAACAAACACAUCUGCUCUGCUCCAACGGUCACCAGGUCCAACCCCAAAACUGAGCGCGAAGGAAGCUGGACUGCUGGAAGCCAAGAACCCCAUACUCCGGCCGGCUGCCCUUCCGUCUACCGAUCAAGAGCAAUCAGGAGCCGCAGCGCCUUCCGCCGGGCACCUGAUUGCCGGCCGAUCAAGAGGAGGAUCGUUCACUUGCUCCUCACGCCGCGACCCCCUCACCCCACCCGGCCCCAGACCCGGCCCCAGGAAGAUGUUAGAUAAUGCCAGAACUUAAUAUUAGCGGCACUUUAUCCAGAAUCUUAACAUAACCUAGUUCAUGACAAAUCAAUCUAAUGCGGAAUAAAUGGUAAUCAUUAUACCAGCGUUAGCAGUAGCAGCCGCCAUUUACGCCUGAUCCGUAGAGGAAGUAGGCGUUCUUGUCGGUGUAGGAGGUGCAGCAGCGAAUCGGCGUCCUCCGGGCGCCAACGGGAGUGCUUGGCCUUCCAAACCCCUCCAAUGCCUUUAGCGAUCAGACUAGCGGUGGCUAGGGUUUUAGAUUGAGAUUAUUAGGACAUUAAGGUGCUAACCACGACCUUGUGUUUAUAGGCACUGUGGGGCUGGUAGCCAGCCUCUAGAAACAGGCCUAAUGGGCCUGCUGAUCACAGCCCAUUAGGGUUUUAUCAUUAGGUUUCCUUAAUCACGUUUAGAUGGUUUAAACGUUUCCUUAACAGUGAAGAUCACAAUAUCUUAAAUGAAAUUUAUUUCCAACAUUCUCCCACUUGAUCGAACGGUUAAGGCUAAUAUUCAUAUCAUACUAAGGUUCACCCUUAGUAAUAAUAGAAAGUACCGGACCAAUGCGUCGUCAGUAGCUUGAUGCACUACUGGGACCCCAUUACCCACAGUCUCACUGAAACACCUCGGUAGAACGCUUAUUCAUUAGUUGGGAGUUAUAAUGGCCCUAAAACCAGGACCUAAAAACUAUCCACCAAACCCAUAUUAGUAACGUGCUGCUUAAACACGUUCGGUGGUAAGCUUUUAAUGAGCGGAUCCGCUAACAUAGAAUUAGUUCUUAUAUGCUCAAUCUUAAUGGUUCGAUCCUGGCAUCUUUGUUUCACAACACGAUACUUAAGGUCAAUGUGUUUGGAAGCACCACAUGACUUGUUGUUACUCGAAAAGAAUACUGCAGACUGAUUAUCGCGGUAUAACGUUAUAGGUUCCGUAAUGCUGUCAAUUAUCUUGAGGCCCGUAAUAAAAUUCUUAAGCCAAACAGCCUGUCCAGUUGCUUCAUAGCAUGCCACAAACUCAGCUUGCAUCGUCGACGCUGCAACUAAACUUUGCUUAGAGCUUUUCCAUGAUAUAGCUCCACCAGCUAACGUGUAGAUAUAUCCUGAUGUAGAUUUCCUACUAUCCACACACCCAGCAAAGUCAGCAUCAAUAUAACCCACAACUUCAAGGUUAUCUGAUCUUCUGUAUGUGAACAUGAAGUCUUUAGUGCCUUGGCAGUAACGUAAUACCUUCUUGACACCAACCCAGUGGACCUUCCCGGGAUUUUUCUGAUAUCUUCCAAACAUUCCGGUAGCAAAAGCCAAGUCAGGACUCGUACAGACUUGUGCAUACAUCAGGCUUCCGACAGCUGAAGCAUAAGGUAUGUCCUUCAUCUCAUCUGAUUCCAAUUGGUUCUUAGGACAUUGGGCUUCACUAAACUUAUCGCCCUUCGCUAAUGGAACAGGUGUGGCCUUACUCUUAUCCAUAUUAAAUCUCUUAAGCAUUUUCUCAAUAUAUGCUUUUUGAGACAAUCCUAGUACUCCUUUGGUCCUAUCUCGGUGUAUCUCAAUGCCCAGAACAUAAGAGGCUUCACCAAGAUCUUUCAUAUCAAAAUUGGAUGAAAGAAAUCCCUUUGUCUCAUGCAGCCUACGUUUAUCGCUGCUCGCUAAUAGAAUAUCAUCCACAUAAAGCACUAGAAUUAUAAAUUUACCACCCUUUAUCUUAGUGUAGAUAUAAUUAUCCACAUCAUUUUCCUUAAAUCCGAAUUUCUUAAUCACUUGAUCGAAUUUAAGGUUCCACUGUCUUGACGCUUGCUUAAGCUCGUAAAUAGAUUUCUUAAGUUUGCAUCCUAAAUGUUCCUUGCCCUUCACAACAAAACCUUCUGGUUGUGCCAUGAAGAUGGUCUCAUCCAAAUCACCAUUCAAGAACGCAGUUUUGACAUCCAUCUGAUGUAGCUUUAAGUCAUAAUGAGCUACUAGCGCCAUAACGAUUCUGAAUGAAUCUUUCUUAGAUACAGGGGAGAAAGUUUCAUUAUAAUCAACCCCUUCCUUUUGUGUAAAACCUUUAGCUACAAGCCUUGCUUUGAAUCGUUCGACAUUCCCUUUAGAAACACGUUUAGUCUUGUAGACCCAUUUACAGCCUACUGGAUUGACUCCAUUAGGAAUAUCUACCAGAUCCCAAACAUCAUUGGAACUCAUGGACUUAUACUUUUCUUCCAUGGCCUCAACCCAUUUGGCAGAGUUCUCACAUGAUACUGCCUCUCUAAAUGAGUUAGGAUCAUCAGCUUUCCCAAUAUCAUACAUAUCUUCACUUAAGUAUGUCUCAUAAUCAGGGAAAACUGUCUGUUUCCUAACCCGCUGUGAUCUUCUUAAUGGUUCAAUAGGCUGAAGUAUACUGGAAUCGCCACCCUGUCGCCCCACAAUGAAAGGGUCCUCCCUGGUGCGGUUGAAGAUGUAGUUACGCAAUGGGUUCAAGCGAUCCCGGACAGCCAAGAAUCCAUACAGCUGAACUGGACCAUCAGUGGCAGCACUAGUAUGAGCCAGCUUGAGAGAGAAGAUCUGCAUCAUGGCACAUCCGCGGUGAACUUUGCAAGCCCACAUGUUUGGCUGGCAGUCGGUUGGAGUCGACAUCAUCAUUGGCUUCAGAAGGGCUGAGCAGCAAUAGAGAAUCAUGCAUAAGGAUAUGAAAAAAAAAUCAGCCCCAACUUUGUAUCAAAAGGAAAUAAAAAAAGAAAAAUAAAAUCCAAGAGGGUAGAUUAUAGAUAGAAGCAUGGUUUGAAUUAGCGCACAAUGCACUGCCAUGGGCACAAAAUUCUACUCAUUUUAAACUUUUGAAAGUGUGUUCAUUAAUGAAUUCCCAGCAUUUUUCUAACCCAUGAAGAAUGCUAUCAGUUCCAUAACAUACUAAGCAUAAAGUAGAAUGGUUUGAUACCAAAGAAUAGAAUUUUAUACCGAAAUCACAAUGUACUAAGGGAGUAGUACAACUUGAUAUAUAAUAAAAAAAAGUCGAAUUCCGUAUUAAUAUGGUAAUGUAUUACGAAUAGAGUUGAAGAAUUGAUAUAAAAUUGCUAAAUUUGAUAAAUGAUGAAACUUGUGCAUGCGGGAUAUGAGAGGAAGAGAGGCAGGGGAUGGGAGGCGUACUCUCUCUGGUAUCGGCGACAUGAUAGAACCUGUGCCAAAAUUGGGUGCCCCUGUAGAUGGAUCCGUCACCAUGCUUACUGCAGUCAAGCAAUGCGCAGUUUAUCCCGUCCCAGCUCCAAGCUAGCAUACCGGACUCGUCGCCGUCUUCGUCCGACGACUCCUCCGCCUCGUCUGGCCGCCGGCGGCCGGCGUCGUCGCUCUCCAUCCCCUUCCCUCGUUUUCCAGUUAGACCUCGGUGAGGUUUAGUUAGGGUUCCCUCCUCUGGUUUGGCUCUCGUCCGCUUUUAUCAAUUUGGAGAGAGAUCCGACUCCGAGCCGGUUCCGCCGCCGUGCCGCAGACGCAGAUAUUUAUUUCACCAAUCCUAUCCUCUUCUCCUCUCCUCUUCGCUUCCCCAACAACAAAACGGCAAUAGUAACAGAUACGGGGCCUCUUUUGCAAAAUGUACUGCAGCUUCUCUUCUUGAAGGAAUUUCGAUCGAAUGGCUGGAGGCGCAAUGGAGCCGCAGCAGGCUCAUUAAAAGCCAGCCAAAAUUCAGGAUCAUAUCAACAAAAAGAAAAGGGGCACCAGAGGUUCCAGUUGAAACAGUUCAUCAUCAAAGCAAUCAGGUCAUUGAAGAGCACCAUCAAGCUGCAAGUUCGGCUCUUUGUUACAGCACAUUCUUCUCCACCCCCCAAAAAAAAUGUUCUUACGAAUUGAAUAAGACAGGAUAAAAUCUAGGAGCAGAUAUCCUCCAAAAAAGGUAUGAAACAGGACUGCUGUUAGACACUUCAACUCAUAUGAGCCUAUCAUACCAUACUUUCUUAUUUUCUUCCCUCCAGAUACAUCAAGAAUCUUUUGCAGUGAGCUUCUUAUAAAACUACAAGAGUUACAGAGAGAUCA